AUGGCUGGGUAUUCUCCCUCACCGCACAAACCUCGAUCGCGGGGACAACAAUCCAAAAAAGCCAUGUUGGACGAGACAACGUCAACGACCAGGCGUACAAGCGGAAAUCAACCCACGUAUCCAUUGGCCUCUUUACUUUGGUCUGCACGCAGUUCGACAUCACAAUGGGUGGUACUUCCUCUGAUAUUAAUGGCAGUGGGGUUGUUCAGAUGGGCCGCUGGACUAUGGGGAUAUUCUGGAUAUCAAAGCCCUCCGAUGCAUGGCGACUACGAAGCUCAGAGACACUGGAUGGAGAUUACAACUCAGCUUCCCGUUUCACAAUGGUAUUUCCACGACCUCGAAUGGUGGGGAUUGGAUUAUCCGCCCUUGACUGCAUAUCACAGUUGGGUUUUAGGAAAGAUCGGGGGACUUAUAAACCCGUCGUGGUUCGCUCUACACACGUCGCGAGGACUCGAUGACCCAACCAUGAAGGUAUUCAUGAGAGCUACGGUUAUUGUCUCCGAAUACUUAGUGUUUGUACCAGCGGCGGUCAUCUUCGUUCGACGAUUAAGCAAGCUCCAAGCUGUCAAUAUGUGGACUGCAUCAAUCGCAUUAACGGCGAUACUCAUGCAGCCCGGAUCAAUCCUUAUUGACCAUGCACAUUUUCAAUACAAUACUGUAAUGCUUGGGUUGGUUCUGGCUAGCAUGUCUAGUGUACUCGCUGGCAGAUACAUGUGGAGCUGUGUAUUUUUUGUCAUGGCAUUAGGAUUUAAACAGAUGGCCUUAUACUAUGCGCCUGCGAUGUUCGCAUACCUAUUAGGUGUCUGCAUCUUUCCUGUCAAUAUUCCUAGGUUUUUAGGGAUCGCGAUUGUAACUUUGGCAUCAUUCGCGACUUUAUUCCUGCCUCUGUUCUUGGGUGCUAUCUACGAGAAAUCUCAAGGUAUCAGUGCUCGACCAGAGCUUGAUGGUUUCGCCGCGCCAUUACCAAUUCUUUCUCAUAUUUCAUAUAAACUCGAUUAUCGCGCCUGGUAUUAUCCUCUCCUACAGCAAGGCGCACAGGUCAUAUAUCGUGUGUUCCCUUUUGCACGAGGUCUUUUUGAGGAUAAGGUAGCCAACUUUUGGUGCGCACUGAAUGUCGUUGUCAAGCUUCGGAACUUCGAUAAGGACCUUCAGAAAGCAUCGCUACUUUUCACCUUAGCCUCAAUUACUCCUCCAUGCUUUAUCAUAUUUUUCAAGCCACGGAGAGAUCUAUUACCUUUGGCUUUAGCAACAUCAGCAUGGGGAUUCUUUCUCUUCAGUUUUCAGGUUCACGAGAAAAGCGUUUUGCUGCCACUGAUGCCGAUGACUGUGAUGCUUGCUGGUCGAGGAGGGCUUAGCAAAAAUAUUCGAUCCUGGAUAGGAUUUGCGAAUGUGCUUGGUGUCUUUACCAUGUUUCCAUUGUUGCAAAGAGAAGAGUUACGAAUUCCCUACUUUGUCCUGGUUCUGUUGUGGCUGUACCUUCUUGGACUUCCGCCUUUUUCUUUUGAAGUGUAUGCGCAAUUUAACGACGGUAAUUGGGUAGGAUUCGGAACAACGUUAAUUCAUACGGUCUUCUAUGAGGCGAUGCUCGGUUGGCAUUUAGGAGAAGUGUUCUACAAGCCACCACACAUGUAUCCGGAUCUCUGGGUAAUCUUAAAUGUUGGAAUUGGUGUCGCUGGAUUUGGUAUUUGUUAUCUAUGGUGUUUAUGGUCUCUGGCGGUCGAAAGUGGCUUUCUGGAUUCCUCGAAAUCGGAGAAGACGAAAACGAAGGCGAAGAAGGUUCAAUGA